AGAGCAGUAGUCCCCAUGCCACGCAGUGACAAACAGUGCAGGAGUACCCAUGCACGGGAGUGUUGUGAGGGGGGAAGGGGUGAUGGGGCGACACUCCGCCCCACCACCAGUCACUCACCAGCCGGCACCAGCUCCCGCUGCACUCCUCUCCAGCUGUGUAUUCUAAUCACAACUACCAUGCCAUUGACGUCGUUGAUGACUGUGAUCUUGGUUGCCGAGCUGGCCGGCUUGGGUUACGCCAGAACAGUGCACGUCAACUAUUCGCCCGUGCCUGUAGCAGCAGCAGCAGGGGCAGCUGACGUAGGCCCCGGCGGCCUCGCCAGUCCUCUCUACGAUAAAGACGCCUCCCUGGGCAGCGCCCCAGAAGAGACAGCAGUAUCAGCGACAAGCAGUCCCCCGUCAUCACACAGCGAGCGGCUCCAGCACAACGCCCUCGACGACCCCUUCAACUACGACUACUCUUACGGCGAUCCUCACUACGACUACAACACCAAUGAGAGCAGACCCACUGAGGAAAAGGACAACCCACUGCUCACUCCCAGCACCCCCGAGCUGGUUCAUGUUACCGCCAGACCCACUGAGGGGAGAGGGAACCCACUGCCCACUUCCGGCACACCUCAACUAGAUGGUGACGACGACACCGUCUACACCACAACUCCUGAAAGUGACAACCCCGACGACGACGUGGCUGACGACACGGGUUUCUUUAGUGCUUUCCACUGGCUGCAGUCGCAGUGGAAAAAAGCCGAGGUGAACAUACAGCAGAUGGAGCAGCAGCUGCAGGAGAUGAAGAAGAGCGUGACGGAGUUUAUACACAUGUUUGGUGACCUGGUGGAGGAAGGAGCAGAGUACUUUAUACACAAGUUGAGGCAAACAGCCACGAAAGUUAAUAGCCAGGGGGCGCUGGUGCUGGAGAAGCUGCGCCAGAGCUUGAAGGACGGUAACAAGGAGGUGGCGGCCCUCUUCCGCCUCAUUGGCCUCAAGGUACGGGAGUGGUCACUGCGCCACCAACAGCAGGAUGAAACAGGAGGGGCAGAAGACGAGGCACAGGAGGAGGAGGAGGAGGACGUGACAGGGAAGUCAAGUGAGGCCGGGAUGGUACCCGAGCACAUGGUAUCCCAGUACCAGCGAGGCGGCGGCGGCCUGGAGCACAAGAUACCAGAGGACGCUCAUCCCCAACGUACAGUGGGGGAUAUGCCCAACCUCUUCCAGGACUCGUCUGUGAUGCAGAAGAUUGACCAACUGGUGAAGGCGGGCAUCCUAACGAGGGAGGACAUACAGGCAGUUCUAGGAGCGGUGUAGCUCUUGGUCCCCUCCAUCACCGUCCCCACCACCAGACGGGUACAGGAGUUGAUUUGCCAACUGCAUCUGUAGGUCAAAACCAGUGUUAUAAUAGGUUAAGAUUUGCAGACUUAUCGUCAAUAAAAAAUGUUGAAUAAAUAUAAAUAUAUAUUAUAUAUAUAUAUAUAUAAAACACCUUAACCACUUGGACGAAGAUUUGAGGCGUCACGUUACCCUGCAAUAAAUUCCAUUUGCAAACAAACAUUAGCUUCUUUGCAAAAGGAACCAGAUUGUCUAAUAUACUACCUUCAUAAGCUUUGGAAUUCACGCGUCCUCGAAUUUUAAGAAGACUAUUUGUGAAUAAAAAAAUGUAUAAAGAUGUAGAAUACAAAACAUGCAAGACGACGACACUGAUAAAGGACCAAUAGUGUAGCAGAGUAGUAGUAACCAAACUGAAAGUAUUAUAUUUAGACAAAAAUAACGAGAGAGAGAGAGAUUCAGGAAAGAAUUUACCAAGUUGACAGAGCUGAGGCCAAAAACAGGGCCUGAGGCACUCUGCUCCUGGUCACGUCGGUUCAGGCAAUUAUGAGGGGUCAAGCGCUAAGCUGGUAGGAUUAUAUGGUACCUGGGAAGGUCUACGCGUACGGAUCGAACAAAGAGUGCCCAACCACACUGGGACCAUCUGGGAUUGAACGCUGACCCUGCAAGAAGUGAAGUCAUCACUGAACGGUCCACGUGGAUGUACUCUCAGCAGGUAAAGAAAACUUUGCUCUCCAUGCUCCAAAUUCACCAGACUUUCCCAAUACUUAAUGAUUAAUACAACAUUUUGCAGAACGUAAAGAAUUGGCGAGAGAAUUGGGGCGUUCCAAUAUAUUUUAUUUGUUGUUAAUUAAUGAAUUCCAAUAAAUUCGCUGGUCUUACCA